AUGCCCGAGCCGCCGGCGGCAGCUCAAGAGGGCGAACGGCCCCCCCGGAGGCCCCCCCCGGCAGCCGACGAAAGAACGGAGCCGCCGGCCCCCGCUGGCGUUUUGGACAAGCUUUUUGGGAAGCGGCUGCUCCAAGCCGGGCGCUACAUCAUGUCCCACAAAGCCUGGAUGAAGACGGUGCCCACGGAGAACUGCGACGUGCUGAUGACCUUCCCGGACACCACGGACGACCACACGCUGCUCUGGCUGCUCAACCACAUCCGCCUCGGCAUCCCCGAGCUCAUCGUGCAGGUCCGGCACCACAAGCACACCCGCGUCUACGCCUUCUUCGUCACCGCCACCUACGAGAGCCUCCUGCGUGGGGCCGACGAGAUCGGGCUGCGGAAGCCGGUGAAAGCCGAGUUCGGCGGGGGCAUGCGGAGCUUCUCCUGCGAGGAGGAUUACAUCUACGAGAACAUCGAGAACGAGCUUUACUUCUUCACCUCUCAGGAACGGCAAAACAUCAUCAGGUACUGGCUGGAGAACCUGCGCGCCAAGCAGGGCGAGGCGCUGCACAACAUCCACUUCCUCGAGGGGCAGCCCAUCAUCCCGGAGCUGGCAGCCCGCGGCGUCAUCCAGCAGGUCUUCCCGCUGCACGAGCAGAGGAUCCUCAAGCGGCUCAUGAAGUCCUGGGUGCAGGCGAUCUGCGAGGCUCAGCCGCUCGAUGAGAUCUGCGACUACUUCGGCGUGAAGAUCGCCAUGUACUUCGCCUGGCUCGGCUUCUACACCUCGGCCAUGGUGUACCCCGCCGUCUUCGGCUCCAUCCUCUACACCUUCACCGAGAGCGACCAGACCAGCCAGGACAUCUGCUGCGUGGUCUUUGCCAUCUUCAACGUCAUCUGGGCCACGCUGUUCCUGGAGGAGUGGAAGCGCCGCGGGGCCGAGUUCGCCUACAAGUGGGGGACGCUGGACACCCCCGCCGAGUCCAUCGAAGAGCCCCGGCCCCAAUUCAGGGGCAUUAAGAGAAUCAGCCCCGUGACCAGCGUGGAGGAGUUCUACUACCCGCCGUGGAAGCGCCUCCUCUUCCAGUGCCUGGUCAGCCUGCCCGUCUGCCUCGCCUGCCUCUCCUUCGUCUUCCUCGUCAUGCUGGGCUGCUUCCAGCUCCAGGAGUUCGUGCUGAGCAUCAAGGAGCUGCCCCGCAUCAUCCGCUUCCUGCCCAAAAUCGUCCUGGCCGUCAUCGUCACGACCUGCGACGAGGUUUACAAGAAGAUCGCCUACUGGCUGAACGACAUGGAGAACUACCGCCUGCAGAGUGCCUACGAGAAACACCUCAUCAUCAAAAUCGUCCUGUUUCAGUUUGUAAAUUCAUACCUAAGUCUUUUCUACAUCGGUUUCUACCUCAAAGACAUGGAGCGGCUCAAGGAGAUGCUGGCCACGCUGCUCAUCACCCGCCAGUUCCUGCAGAACGUCAAGGAGGUGUCGCAGCCCCACCUCUACCGCCGGCUGCGCCGGGGGGACCUCAGCCUCCGCAGCCUCCGCGAGGUCGCCCAUGCCGUCCUCCGCCUGCUCGCCCGUCCCCGCGGCCCCCCAGCCCCCGGAGCAGCCCCCGAGGGGUCGCGGGGCGAGAAGAAGUGUCUGAACGGGGGCUGCGGGGUGCCGGAGGAGGAGGAGGAGGAGGAAGAGCGGCGCGAGUCGGAUUCGGAGGAUGAGAGCGCCCUGGACUGCGGGCUGAAGCUGAAGAAGGUGAGCUUCAUCGAGAAGGCCGAGCGGCGCGGCACGGAGCCCGGCUGCCCCGAGGACGAGAGUUUCCUGGAGGAGGGCAGCCCCACCAUGGUGGAGAAGGGCAUGGACCCCGCCUCCGUCUUCGAGCUGGGCGAGGAUGAGGAUGACGCUGAAGGCCCCCCGGGAAGCCCGGUUAAGGCAGCCGAGCCGGUCGCCGUCCUGCGGGGAGGUCGGAGGAGGAGGGCGGCCGAGAGCAGGGAGGAGGAGGAGGGCGAGGAGGAAGGGCGCAAGAGGAACCGAGCCUCCUGGAUCGACCCGCCCGAGGAGGAUUACUCCACGCAGCUGACGCAGGCAGAGGUGGAGAGCUGCAUGAAGAAAUACGAGGACACCUUCCAGGACUACCAGGAGAUGUUCAUCCAGUUCGGCUACGUGGUGCUCUUCUCCUCCGCCUUCCCCCUGGCUGCCAUGUGCGCCCUGGUGAACAACGUCAUCGAGAUCCGCAGCGACGCCUUCAAGCUGUGCACGGGGCUCCAGCGCCCCUUCGGCCAGCGGGUCGAGAGCAUCGGGCAGUGGCAGAAGGUGAUGGAGGCCAUGGGCGUCCUGGCCAUCGUGGUCAACUGCUACCUGAUCGCGCAGUGCGGGCAGCUCCAGCGCCUCUUCCCCUGGCUCAGCCCCGAGGGAGCCAUCAUCUCCGUGGUGGUGCUGGAGCACUUCGCCCUGCUGCUGAAGUACGUGAUCCAAGUGGCCAUCCCCGACAUCCCCGCCUGGGUGGCCGAGGAGAUGGCGAAGCUGGAGUACCAGCGCCGCGAGGCCUUCAAGAAGCACGAGCGCCAGGCGCAGCACCACUUCCAGCAGCAGCAGCGGCGCAAGCGGGAGGAGGAGGAGCGGCAGCGGCACGCCGAGUACCAGGCCCGCAAGGAGCGCGAGUCCAACCGCGACGAGGCCAAGCCCGAGGCCGCCGGGCAGGACCCGGCCCACGAGAAGAGCCAGGGCAAGGGGAAAGGCUCCGGGGGCACCUCGCACGGCUCCGACAAGCCCAAGCGUCCCAGCUCGCUGCUGGCCACCAACAACGUCAUGAAGCUGAAGCAAAUCAUCCCUCUGCAGGGCAAGUUCCUCUCCGGGGGGGCCGGGGCCGGCAGCACGGCCGCCGCCAGGUCCCCCCAGUCCCCCACCGGCAGCGAUAACAAACUCCCCGGCUUCCUCAGCUUCAAGUUCCUGAAAUCCCCCGAGACUAAGAGGGACGCGGGGACCGAGAAGGUCCAGUCGCCCACCAAGCCAUUCAACCCCGGCAAGCUCUUCAAUUUCGGCAAGUCCGAAGGGGCCAGCGGCAACGGGGCCGCGGCCACCGCCUCCCCCCAGCCCCGACCCGGCCCCUCCACGGAUGGGGGCGAGCGGCCGGGCCCCAGCAAGUCCCACCUCAACGGGGUGCCGGAGGACGGGGGCCGCGAGGAGCCGGAGCCGCGGGCGGAGGAGGAGAGCGGGGGCUAUAAACUUUAAGGCGACGUUUCGGGAGCGAGCACGGGCGUGCUGGCCCCGCGCCCUGCACCGUCCCCCUCCGUCGCAUCCCCUCGUGCCCCUCCAGCCCCCCAGCUGGGACCCACAGCCCCCGGGGGGGUCCGGACGCCCAAGCGAGGCACCGUCGGUGUGAGCAGCAGCAGGGCCUGGCCGUGUCCACGCAUGGAGCGUCCCCUCCUGUGCCUCCGGCAAAUUCGGGACGGGCAGGUGAAAUCCUGGUCCUGCUCCACGGCUCCAGCACCCAAAGGGACGAGGGGAAAUUCAGCGUCCCCAAAUCCGCCGGGAGCAUCCCGCAGAGCCCCCAUGGGUGAAGACAAUGGGGCUCGGCCCCACGUCUCCGAUGGCAGAGGAAGGAGGCGGCGCGAGGAGCCCGAUUCACCCGUGCCUACCGCCACCGCCGCGUCCUCCUGCAUCAACCGGUGCCAUCCCGCAGCCUCGGCACAGGGUCCUGGUCCUGCCGGCACGGGGACGUUCCCCGGCCCCAACACCGGCCGGGAGGGAGGGGGGUGAGCGGCGAGCGCCGGCCACCCGGAUUCCCAUGCAUGGGCAGCAUUUCUUGCACUAAAACAAAACAAAACAAGAAAAAAAAAAAAAAACAAAAACAAGG